AGUUUUCAACUGUCUACUGUUUGGUGUUUGUUGUCACAACUAAUAUCUCGGAGUUUAGAUAACCACAUAUUACUUAAAAAUUAAAAGAUAUUUCUUCGAAAUUAUUCUGUAAUCAUUAAAUUUCAAAAGUUGAUGUCCACUUACAGUGAAAGCAUCUCAAGAUUGGCAUCGUGAUGCAGCCAUUUUGGCUCGCCUCAUUAAAGAUAACAAAGGGAGUAUUGUCAUUUAUACUGGUGCUGGCAUAAGUACAUCGGCGUGCAUCCCAGAUUAUAGGGGGACAAACGGUUUGUGGACUGUGCAUUCUAAUCGCGUAACAGGCGUUAAUUCAGUGCUACGUACCGUUGGUUAUAACAAAAAUGAUCAAGCGAACUAUACUGAGAUGCUGAAACUACAGGUAUAAUACAAAAUAUCUGCACUUUAUUUAUUAGGAUAAAAUACGUCAAUGUGAAUCACGGAUUAAAACUCCUAAAAAGUCAAAAAACACCAACUUAAAGUUACGACUUCCAGAAGCAACCAUUGCAAAGCCAACAUUCACUCAUAUGGCUAUCAAAGUUUUGGUAGAUGAAGGAUAUGUGCGUACCAACUUAAUAGUUCGACAUGUCGUUUCUCAAAAUGUUGAUGGCUUACAUGUGCGCAGUGGUUUAAAUCGUGAAAAACUUUCGGAGCUACAUGGUAAUUUAUUCAUUGAACAAUGCAUCGCUUGUGAACACACUGUUUUUCGGACUUUUGACGUUGCCGAAACAACUUCUCGUUCACACCAUUAUACUGGACGCAUUUGUCCUCGGUGUCGUAAUUUACACCCUGUUGAAAGUACAAUAGCCAGUGAUAUACUAAAGAAAACAGCUGAACAUUCGGCAGUAUCUAAAUACAAGAAAAAUGUAUCAAAUGAAAAUCUUAUGUUGAGUUACCGAUAUGCUGCAAGAAAAUUAGCCAAAUCUUUUGAAGCUGUACGUCUUAAAGCAGUGGAACAUUUACGCAAUACUCAAAAGUCUGAGAUGCUGACGGACUCAGUUCUUACGAAGGCACCUUUACUAAGAGAUGUUGUUGUACACUUUUUUGAACGACAACCAGAGAUGGGGUUAACAGAAAUAUAUCGCAUUCGAUCAGCGAUCGAAGCUGUACAUGGCCGUAAAGUUCUUCAAGAUGCUAUCAAUGCCACUUCGAAUGACCGUAAACCUUUGAAUCAUGGAUGCAAACGUUCCCAUGAAGAGUCAACAAAAUAUCUCAUUGGAUCCCCAUGGUUUAAAAGAAUGUGUCCUGCUAUGAAGAUGGAGUGUCAGGAUUUUUGUAAAACAUCAGAAGCAGUUGAUUUAAAACCUAUCUCUCCGGAUUCUUUGGAUACUCCUGCUAAAUUAAUUGUUGUUGUUGGUUCAUCUUUAACUGUUUUGCGCAACUAUUCAUUUUUAUGGCCUUAUGGCCUUGGGAGGUGCGGUCAACUAAGUUCGUCGAGCAAACAUAAAAAGAAACCCACAUGUGUUGAUUCUGUUUUCAAACCGACUUCAAUCCCUGAUACCCCUGAAAAUUGUCGGUUGGUUAUUAUCAAUUUACAACCAACGUGCAAAGAUGUGGUUGCAGAUUUGGUACUUCGAGUUCCUUGUGACGAACUAUUUCGCGUUAUUAUGUCAGAUCACUUGGAAAUAGAUGUUCCACAAUAUGACCACAGGCAUGAUCCCCUUUAUUCAAUCGGUCUUUCUUUAUCUCCAGAAGAAGAAUGCACACGUACUCGUUUGAACAUCCCAUUUUCUUCCGUAUAAUAUUUCAAAAUUUUUCACUCUUUGGUGUACAGUUUCACAUGAUUUGGUUGUAGCUAUUGGUUACUGUUUCGUUCUUUAGACGUAGAAUAAACAUUUCUCUUUUGUACUCAAAACAAGAAUCAGUACCUUUGUAAAUAAUAAGGUGCAUUCCCAUAAUUAAAAGAACCUAAUAGAAUUACAUCGUGUCAUAGUAGUUUAUUUGCUCUCGAAUUAAACAUGGAUUCGUAACACCAAUCGAUCAAUUCCUGAAUACUAAAAAGUACAUUUCACUUUUGGCUCUAGUUGAGAUUAUUUUCUUUUUUUCACUCCUGAUCUUUAGCCCGUCCCUUUUUUGUAUAAAAUUCUCUUAUU